CCCGGCCCGGCCCAGCCCAGCCCAGCCCAGCCCGGCGGCGGAGGCGCCGCUGGAGACGGUCGGGCUGUGCCCGGCCCCGCGCCUGACGGGGAGCGUGUGCCGCGGGGGGAGCGCCGGCUGCGUCUGAUGAGAAAUGGACAUCUGGCUCCAGGUCAUCCUUCCUGUUGUUGACAUCACCUGAAAACUCCACUGAAAAUAUUUCCACUAGUUCACUGCAAACAUCAGCUCCCUCUGAAGGCUCGACACCUUGAGCAGUGUACCAUACCGUGGUACAGAGACUCACUGUUGCUGUCAGCACCGGAGAAGACUGAAGCUGGAAUCCCCAUUGUCCUCAGCCAGAGGUUGUCCUGCAAGACACAGCUGUAAAAUGGUUGUCAGAAAAAACUAAGAGUCCAGAGGAUGGCAUAGCAGUAACGUCAGUGUCCAGGGAACUGGGGUCCUUCCUCGCCUGUCUGCAUGCUGCCUGAACCGAUCCCAAGCCUUUGUUUUUGGACCGAGGAAUUGUGAAAACCUGUCUCUCCUAAUUCAUGAGCCAGCAAGAUGUGGUUGCCGUGCUUUCAGAACGCCUGCUUGUAGCUGCCCACAAAGGCCAAGUGGAGAAUGUGGUGCAGCUUAUCAACAGGGGUGCCAAGGUAGCCGUUACCAAGCAUGGCCGGACCCCGCUGCAUCUGGCUGCCCACAAGGGUCAUCUCCAUGUUGUCCGGGUUUUGUUGAAGGCAGGUUGUGACCUGGAUAUUCAGGAUGAUGGUGAUCAGACAGCAUUGCACCGGGCUGCUGUUGUAGGGAACACUGAUGUUAUAGCAACUCUGAUUCAAGAGGGGUGUGCUUUGGACAGACAAGACAAGGAUGGGAACACUGCUCUUCACGAAGCUUGUUGGCAUGGAUUCAGUCAGUCUGCCAAAGUGCUCGUUAAAGCAGGAGCCAACGUUCUUGCCAAGAACAAGGCAGGUAACACCCCUCUUCACCUGGCUUGCCAGAACAGCCAUUCCCAGAGCACUCGUGUUUUAUUACUUGGAGGAUCUCGAGCAGACCUCAAAAACAAUGCAGGAGAUACCUGUCUGCAUGUGGCUGCUCGUUAUAAUCACUUGCCCAUCAUUAGGGUGCUGCUCAGUGCUUUCUGUUCUGUCCAUGAAAAGAAUCAGGCAGGGGACACUGCGCUUCAUGUAGCUGCUGCUCUCAAUCACAGGAAGGUGGUUAAGCUGUUGCUGGAGGCAGGGGCUGACGCAUCCGUUGUCAACAAUGCAGGUCAGACCCCUCUAGAGGUUGCCAGACAGCACAAUAACCCUGAGGUUGCGCUCCUCCUCACGAAAGCAUCACAGGUCUCACGCUUUAACCGUGGAAGAAGCCUGAGGAAGAAGAGAGAGCGACUGAAGGAGGAAAGGCGAGCUCAGUCAGUACCACGUGAUGAAGUGGUACAGAGCAAGCAGGGUAGCAUCUCAGCUGCUGAUGACACACCGAGCAGUGACCAGCCACCACAGAAGAAGAGUGAUCUGAAGGAUGAACCCCGGUCAACCUCACCAGAUCCCAAAGGGAAAAAGAGUAAAAAGAAAAAGCCAAAGGAAAAGCGUUGUAUGUGUUUACUGCAGAUCUCGGCACUCUCAGACCCCAUCUCCCCAGCUGAUCAGCAGACACUCCCUCGGGCCCAGCAAAACGUGCCAAAGCGCAGAAGUAAACAUCACUGCUUCUCUCCACCCCCUCCCCACGAGGUCCGAGCCUACCAGCUCUACACGCUCUACCGAGGGAAGGAUGGGAAGGUGAUGCAGGCACCGAUAAAUGGAUGUCGUUGUGAGCCCCUGAUAAAUAAACUGGAGAAUCGACUGGAGGCAACAGUGGAAGAGAUAAAAGCUGAAUUUGGGACAGUACAAGAUAAGAUGAAUAUUAAGCUGGGCCAGAUGGAAACCAAAACUCAACAUCAACUCCGUGUUUUAGACAAGCUCAUGGCUGAGCGGCUCUCCGCAGAAAGAACAGAGUGCCUUCACCGCCUGCAGCAGCACACUGAGCUGGAAAAGAAAGAGGGGGAGAAACGGCAGAUUUCCUUGGUUGAUGAGCUGAAGACUUGGUGCAUGUUGAAGAUUCAGAAUCUGGAGCUCAAGCUGUCUGGAGAUUCCAGGUCGUCAAGACCAAAAUCAACUUUGUCCACUUGUGAGUCUCUCACUGAAACCCUGGAUACUGAGAACAAUCCCCACAGUGCCAAGGACUGUAAAGCCAACCAGCCUGUGCUGCAGUCAGAGGACUCCCACCAGCAUUCCUAUAUCACGCUUCCAAAUAGCCUUCCGGAAGAUGGGGGAAGGAGCAGAGGCCAGAUUCCAGAACAGAACUUUGGCCAACAGUUUUGCAUUCAACAGGAUGGUGCGUCGGGUACAACAUUAUCAGGUACAGAGCAACAGUUAAUCACUGGCGGACCAGUUUCUUCUGCCCCUGCUCAAGAUGUCAGGCCAAAGGACAAAGCUGGGAGUGCCAGCACGUUCCACAGGCUCCAGCAGGAGCUGCCCUCGUCCGAGCUUUUGGGCUCUAAAUUAAGACACGUUAAGGUUCAGGCUGCUUUGCAGCCCUUGACUGAACCUGCAAAGACUGAACCACAGAGUGGCUACUUCAUUGACAAAGGAACGCAGACAAAGAAGUCCAGCAAAAGUGGGCAGUCGAGGCACAAAGCUGUGCACCACACGGGGGCACAUCUGAGCCAAGAGCAGCAGCCCUCUGGCCUGCCUGCGGGACAGCCAGCUGCCCCUGCGCUCAGAGACACCUCUCAGGCCCUGGAGAUAACGCAGUACUUCUUUGAGGCCGUUUCCACGCAGAUGGAGAAGUGGUAUGAACGGAAGAUAGAAGAAGCCCGGUGCCAAGCUAACCAGAAAGCGCAGCAAGACAAAGCUGCACUCAAGGAGCACAUUAAAAGCUUAGAAGAGGAGCUCAGCAAAUUAAGGACUAAGGUGCAGAAAGAGAGCUAGCAUCUACCAAGCAGGUAAAGGCAAGCAACAGGACCCAUUUUGGAACCUGCCAUAUGGUAAUCUGGAAUACUGGUGUAUAUAUGUAUUUGUAGUGCCUGUUACAUCCAAACAAAAUCCUUUUUUUCAGGAGUAGGAACUGACUUUGGAGUUAGUUCUCUAGAACUGAGAAUUCAUAUGCAGACUGUACUGAUGACAAUGAGAUGCUGCACAUUAGUUCCUUUCUUCGUUAGUUCCAAGAAUCUGCUAAAUAUUGCACUCUCAAUUUUCAGGUGCUGCUUGAACACAAACUGCAUUAGAAACCAAAACUGCUUUGUGAAAAGGGAAUGUCCUUAUUUCCACAUAGGUCAUGUGUGGCUAGAGGGUUCCACUGGAGGCUGCAUGUAAAUAUGUGGUAAUACCAAUACUGAAAUGAAUCCAGGGUGUUUGAGAGCUUUUGACAGAACUCAUUAGUGAUGAAGGGCUAUUGAUACUAUUUUAGAUACUCCCCACAGCCUCUCUCUAGUCAGGGGAGAGAAGCUACAGAACCAAGUCCAAUUACAAGCCCACAUAGGUGAGAGAUGCAGGCUUCCAGCUGGGAGAGGCCAGCCUCCCACUGAGGGAGAUACAUCACAUUAGGUACAGAGGCUUCUGUUGCCACUUUGCUUUGCUCUUGAUUUUACAUUAUUAAAACAGAAGCUAAGUUAGAUUUGUCCUUUUUUUAUGGAGUCCUGCUUGCAAAGCUCCUUGUGGUUACGCAGUUGGUGGGGCCAUAAUUCAGUUAUCUGACAGAGAAGUUGUUUAGGGAUGGCAAAUAUUUUACCAUAACCAUGUUCUAUUUGCUAGGUAUAAUUUUUAUAUAAAUCUCUUCUUCAAUCAGCAAAUGGCUGAAUUCUCCACUACUGAAGAAGCUUGAGGAAGUUCUUUUCUCUAGAGAAGUGAAAGCUUCUUGUAUGUAAAUGUUUCUUUUUCUACAGAGUCAGGAUUUUCUCAGACACCUUGCCCUUUGUUCCUCUCUCCAUUUUUCCCCUCCCUUGUAUCUCUAAAAAGAGAGGCCUGCCCUUGGUGAAUCUGUAGGUCUUAGGACUGGAUUCAGAAACAGACCCACAAAAUAGAGCUCAACAUCACCCUAAAGUUUUUAUGGGUGUGUUUUGUUAUAAAAUCAAGACUCACAAUGGCCAGUGUUGCCCAGGCUGACACACUCCAGAUCAGCACUGUUGCAUCUGCACCCCUUCAGGGCUUCCUCCUUGUCCCUCUGAGAAGGCUUCAUGAGAUUCUAUUAGAAAUGUAAGUUAACAGAUCAUGACAGAACAGUUGUUCAGAACCAGUUCAAACCCAGGAUAGUACUGUUAUGCCAAGGAGAAAGGUACUCUUCUUUCUGUACUGGGGAGCCCUAAAAUCAAUACAAAGUACUUCACAGUAUUGAAGACACCACUGACUAAUUAGUGAUUAAGCUUUUGUCUUAGCAGAUGUAUAAAGCAAAAAAAAAAUGUAUCCUAUAGCAAUAUUUUUAAAGUUCCUAUUAAUGCACUAUAAAGACAAGAAAAGUGUAUCUGCAGUUAUGGAAGUACUAGUUUUAUUGGUCUGACUUCUGUAGUUUAACAUAGACACUUCCAUAUGUUUACAGUUUUGUUUAAGCUACUGUAGGAACGCAGAAGCAUGCUAUUUAAGUUUUGUAUCAUCUUGAUCAAGUGAAUGUUUUGCCAAGCAAUUAAAAUAAGUGUUGCUCAGAA